AUAUAAAGUUAAGUUUUGCUUCAACCAAUAUUAAUUUUCUAAACCAUUAUUCCAGCAAAAAGAUUUAUUAAAGUUUUAUUAUGGAAACUGAAAAUCGAACGAAGCGUCGUCGCCUAAAUAAAAGUAUCUUGGAUUUUAUUAUGAAAUUUGAAGAUGAAAAAGAUGAAAUUAAUAAUAUUAGUACACCUGAUUUGAAUCUUGAACUUAAUGCUUUUUAUGUUGAGCCUGAAAUACCUUUUGUACCUUUGGUACCUUUUGAAGCCCUAAAUAAUGAUUUUAAAGAAUGCGGAGUAACCAGUUCAUCUUCAAGUUUUAGAUAUGAGAACUAUGAUUGUUAUAAUGCAUCACUAUUGUUGACAACAGAAACAUUAUCAGAGGAUUUGGCAGUGUGGUCAACGAAAAGCAAAAUUUCUCAAAGUCUUUUAAACGAACUUAUAAUGAUUCUUAGAAAAUAUGGUCAUUCAGAGUUGCCAAAUGAUGCAAGAACCCUUUUAAAACCCUUUAAAGUUGUUAAAGUACAUAAGAAGUGUGGUGGAACUUAUGCGUAUUUUACUAUUGCUGAUAGCUUAAAUUAUUUUAUGAAUACAAAAAAUGCUUUUCAAAGUACCGAAUUAUCUAUUACUAUUAAUGUUGAUGGACUACCUCUUUUUAAAUCUUCUAAUCUUCAACUAUGGCCAAUACUUGGUCUAAUAGAGAACUAUAUUUUCAUUAUUGCACUUUUCUGUGGAGAUGCUAAACCAAACUGCUUAGAUGAUUUUCUUAAUGAUUUUAUUAAAGAAUUUUUAUUGUUAACUAAUGAAGGUUUUUAUUAUAAUAAUAACAAAUUUAAAGUUACACUAAAAGCAUUCAUAUGUGAUGCACCUUCUCGCUGUUUUCUUAAAUGCAUACAAGGUCAUACAGGAUAUUACUCAUGUGAACGAUGCCAAGUUAAAGGAUUAUACGAAGAACAUAGAGUUGUUUUUAUUGAUAACAAGCCAUCAACUCCGAGAUUAACUGAAGAGUUUAAUACUUUUGUGUACACUCAACAUCAAAAAUCUCUUACUCCUUUAGCUCAACUUGAAAUAUCUUGCAUUUCUGAUUUUGUUUUGGAUUAUAUGCACAUGGUUUGUCUUGGUGUAGUAAGACGCAUACUUACCUUUUUAAAGUCAGGUCCAAAACAUUGUAGACUUUCAAAUGCCCAAAUAAAGAAUAUAUCUGAUAAUCUGUUAAGCUUACGUGGCAUGAUGCCAUCUGAAUUUGCUCGACAACCACGUUCCCUUUUGGAGUUAGAUCGAUGGAAAGCUACAGAAUUUAGACAAUUUAUUUUAUACACUGGACCCUUAGUUUUAAAGGGUGUUGUUAGUAAAAAAAUUUACAAUCAUUUUCUAACAUUGCAUGUUGCAAUGGUGAUUCUCUUAAAUGAGGACAAUCGAUUUAAAAAGCAUUAUCUUACAUUCGCUAGAGAACUAUUAAAUUAUUUUGUUAUAAAUUCAAAAUAUUUAUAUACAAAAUCAUUCUGUGUUUACAAUGUUCACUCUUUACUUCAUAUUUGCGAUGAUGUUGUUAAAUUUGAUUGUUCACUAAAUGACAUUUCCUGUUUUCCCUUUGAAAAUUUUAUGCAGACAUUAAAAAAAGCAGUAAAAAAUUCAAAGAGUCCUGUUGUUCAAAUAGCCAAACAAUAUGAACGAAUACAAUCUUUAUUAAAUACAAAACCUCGAAAACUUAAAAUUUCAAGUAAGCAGAAUAAUUCAUGUUUUUACAUAGAAGAAAAUCAAUUUUGUUUUGUUGAUGAGAAAUUAUCAUCUGGUUUUUUUAAAUGUAGAAUGUUUAGAUUAGAUUUACAAGAUGAUUUAUACACACAGCCUAUUGCGUCUAAAACCUUUAAAAUUUUCUUUAUACCAAAUAUUGAUGAAAUUCGAGUAAAAGUGGUUGAGUUAGGAACGGAAAGUCUUCUACGAAAAGUUGUUGUUCUCCCUUGGAAGGAAGGUCUUGUUUGCUUUCCUUUGUUGCAUGAAAUAGAACAUUAAUUGAAAUCUUUUUAAAUAGAAAUUACUUUUGUUGAAAUAUUUUAUGUUUAUCCUGUUUUAUUAAUUUUCAUCUUGUGACCAAAGUUUAAUACCGAAUCUUAUACU